GCAUCACAAAAAUUGACAAGUGCUCCAAUGUACAAAACUAUGACUGAUUCAAUAGUGCGAUAAUAAAUAAAUAUUCGAUCUUCUAAACAUUCCAUAGUAAUAAAAUUAUAUUUAGUUAAUAAUGGAGGACAUGGCGCGCUUAGCCCUAGUGGAACAAGACGUUAAAGACAUAGAUAAAUUUAGUAAUAUACUCCAUGAACUUUUACGUAUCAUCAGCCACAUUUUGGAUAAUCCACACGAUAAGGAAUUGAGAACGAUUAGUAGUGAAGCUCUUAAAAAGGUGCUAAAUUAUCAGGCUUUCAGUGAUUAUCUCAAAUAUAUAGGAUUUGAGUCGGUGAAUAAUGGCUUUGCAUUUCCCAAAGAACAAGCACUUAGCAAGUUGCGAAUGGCACAAGCAGCUUUGGAGAGAAAAAUAAGUUUUUGUUGUGGGCCUGUCAAAAGUGAUGUGGCAGUCACACAGUCUGGGAUUAUUGUGUCAAAGACCAAGAGGCCUCAAUUGACUCCUGCUGACAUAUUGACAACCCAAAACAGCUUACUAUUGAAGAUCCAGUCCCUCUUCAACAACAUGCUGAAGUAUGAAGAUGAGGAGUUACAGCAGACGGCCAGAGAUCACAUUCCACUCGUGACUCUUCAGCUAAUGGCCUUGGAUCGUAUGCGGGAGCAACAGAAGAAGAUCAAAACUGGGGAAAUAAAGGGCCGCGAUAUGUCGUUUGACAUAGCAUUGCUGCUGGAGCUACUGGGUUGGUUUAAACACAAGUUUUUCUUGUGGGUGGACCAGCCCACCUGCACCCACUGUGGCGGCACCACCACUUUCCUUAAUAAUUCUUCGAUGACGACCAAAACUGAGACCUGCAGAGUUGAGGUAUACAAAUGUGUUGAUUGCGCUUCAGUGUGUAAAUUCCCGCGAUAUAAUGAUGUGCGCACACUGCUACGCACGCGCUGCGGUCGCUGCGGCGAGUGGGCGAACUGCUUCACCUUGCUGUGUCGCGCGCUGGGGUACGACACGAGAUAUGUGUACGACACCACUGACCACGUCUGGUGUGAGGUAUUCGACUAUGACUCUAACUCUUGGCUUCACGCGGAUCCCUGCGAAGGCAAACUAAACGCGCCGCUUAUAUACACACAUGGCUGGGGCAAGAAACUGUCCUACGUGUUUGCUGUCUCGAGAGAUGACCUGCAAGACGUCACGUGGCGAUACACCAGUGAUCACAAAGAGGUGCUGUCAAGGCGCACAGAAGUGCCUGAGUCAGAGUUAGUGGGCGCCAUCUUGGCGUUGCGUGAACAUCGGCACUCUCAACUGUCCGCGGCGCGGCGCAAGUACCUCGCCGCUAGGAACCUGAGGGAACUAGUCGAUCUCAUGCUCGAGAGACAGCCAACAGACUAUGAGUCCCACGGCAGGAUAUCCGGAUCUAAAGAGUGGCGGUUAGAACGAGGCGAAAUAGGCAGCGCCAAGCGCCACACGUUCGAGUUCACAAAACCGGGCAACGUCAGCAUCCGGUACCACCCCGGUCCGGACAAAUACCGGAUAACUUGCGACGGCGUGGAAACGGAAACGUUGGAUUCUUGGGCGGACGGUGCUUUCGAAAUGAAGAAUGUUUUUCGAAAAGUUGAAAAGGACUGGCGACAAGUUUAUUUGGCUAGAGAAGAGGGCGAAGCGACCGGUUCGAUAUCUUGGCGGUUGUCGGCCAAAGGUGAGCGGCUGUCAUUCAGUGCGUUGUGCGUCUCGGCCACCACGGCGGUGUACGAGACCGGCCGAGUCGACUGGACCAUACAGUUCGACGACGAGGAACCGACGCCCGCGCAGUUCAAUAAUACAACGGUGUCGUACUCGCGCGCGUUCACGUCGGCGACUCUAUGCGCUCGGCUGAGCGGCGGAGCGCGCGACGUCGCGUGGCAACACGCGCAGCUGUUCCGACAACCCACCACUGACACCGCCAGCGCGCUGCACGUACAGGCCACGCUGCACGCGAGAUAGCGCGACGAUUAUACACACGAUUUAUACAAAUUAUACACACCACUUAUACACAAAGACCUUUGAUUACCAGGCUACAUGUCACCAAAUACUGCACCAAUACCGAUCAAAUCAGAUUCGAGAAAAUCAUGAACGUACAGAAACAGAUGCAGAAAAUUCUUUUUUAGAAUACAAUAAACUUAAAUGAAUCGGUCGCAUCAUUGCAAUGAGUCGGUCGGAAACAACCGGCCAAGUGUGAGUCAGACUCGCGCACCGAGGGUUCCGUACUCGGGUAUUUUUUCCGACACUUUGCAAUAACUAUUAUGCAUAAAAAUAAAUAAAAAUCUGUUUUAGAAUGU